AUUUCUUCGGUAAAUAAAUUAACUGUAUUAACUAAAGUGUAACGAAAAUCGCGUACGGUAUGUGACGUUUAAAGUGAUGUGACAGAUUAAUAACGUUGAGUCGACCUACACUGAGAAACAAUCGAUAAUGAUUGAAAACCAAGCAUCAGAUGAGAUGUGGAGUUCAGUGGAGAGCGGUGGCAGCAAUGGGCGCGCGGCGCCGUGUGCGCGCGGCAAGCACUCGGCGACGCUGCUGGGCGGGCACGUGUAUGUGCUGGGGGGGCGCGGCGCCGGCGGCGCGGUGCCUCUCCGGGACUUCUGGAGUUACAGCCUCGCUACGGGUAAGUGGGAGAAGCUGGAGUGUCGGGGCGAGCCUCCCCCCUCCCUGCAGGAGCACAGCGCUACAGCGCACGAGAACAAGCUGUACGUGUUCGGAGGAGAGGCCGGCGCCCUCUCGAACGAGACUCCGCUGUGGAUAUACGACACAGAGACACAAGUAUGGCGCAAGCUGCCGGGGCAGUCCAACUACACGAGCACGCUGAGACGGCGCAGCCCGCGGGACGCGCGGGGCGCCGCGCUCGGACCGCGCGGCCGCCGCGGACACUCCGCGCAUGCGCUCAAAGACUGCCUGCUCAUCUACGGCGGGUACAAGGACCUUCGAGGCUCCACACACGAACUAUGGGCGUUUCAUUAUGAAUCGGAGUCGUGGCACCAAGUGCGCACGGCGAGCCCGGGCCCGGCGCGGCACCGGCACGCGGCGGCGCUGCACGACAACCGGCUGUACGUGCACGGCGGACAGUGCGACCUGCGCGACUGCGCCGACCUCUGGUACUACGACACCAUGUCCCGCGUGUGGAGCCAGGUGCGCACGCCCGCCAAGCUGUCGCCGAGCGCGCGCAGCGGCCACGCGGGGCUGCGCGCCGGCGCACAUCUAUACAUCUUCGGCGGCGAGACACACGGACACUCCACCAACGAGCUCUGGAGGUUCCACUUCGCGACAGAAACGUGGGAGCGAAUAGUCCAGAGUCUGAAAUGGCCGUCCCCCCGGGUAGACAGCUGCGCGCUGCUGAUCCCCGCCGCCCCCCCGCGCGUGCGCUCGGCCCCCGCCAACAGGCUCGGCCCCAACAGGCACUCGAUGAGCUCGCGGCCCGAUCCCCCCGCCAGUCUGCUCAAAGAGAUCUCCAAGUUAUCCUCGUUCCACAUUCGGAGAGCUGCUCGAUGCUCGUACAGCGUGCUGGCCGGAGAGAGGGACUCCACGGAGAGCCUGGUGCGCCAGGAGGCAGCUGCGUUGUCCAAGUCACACUCCGCUUACAUCAUAGACAAGCGCCAGCCCGCAGACGGCGACGAGAGCCCCCGAGAGGGCGACGUUCCCGAAUUUAGAUCAGAAAUGUCUCGAGAACCAAUUUCAGUUCCCGACUUUGCUGAUAUGAUUUUGCCUACACCAGUCUUAUCUCCGGUGGAAGCUACUAAGCUGGUGUAUCUGGAUUCGGAGGAUGAAGAAGAUAUGAAGCGGGAAAUUAGUAACAUGAAGAAAAAAGACGGCAUUACAUCAGUAAAGCUGGACGGCAAGGUCACCGUGGUCACGAUCCCUAAGUCGGCCUCCGUCCGGUUCACUAAGGAUACCAUAGUCACCGACGAGGAGGACACGGAACUGUCUACGUCUGACUACGCGAGUGCGGAGCGUGUCAACCGACUCUCUGGUAAUUCGCUUGGGUUCAGCAAUCCGCAUUAUUUAGGACCUGAUGUAAGAAAUUUGGGAGCAGCGUUGACUCCAGAUUCUGGGGUAGGUCCUGGCGAUAUUGAGCUCCAGGAUUUGGGCGAGAGACGCGCUAGAAGUGUGCCAAGAAAUGGCGAGACUCAACUGCAUCUGCUGCUAGUGGGAGGCAAGGAGCCCCCCCACCUCGCCCUGCUGCAGAACCCGCUGUCUAUGUGGACCUACCGGUUGUUGUAAUUACUUGCUCGUUAGUUUAGAUCUUCGUCCAUUAGCGGAACUAGGGUCCUCCAGGGCUGAACGUAGCCGUCGAUUUGGCGUUUUCAAUCACAUUUAUUUUUGUGGCUCUAAAAAUAUUUUAAGAAAAUGAUCUUUAUAUAAAUAAUUUUAAAGUUGAGAAUCAUGUGAACGUGCUUUUCGAAUCGUUGACGUCCAAAUUAUUGAUGUAAAGAAUUACUUAUGAGACUUAGUUUAGGUAGUUACAAGGUGUAGGUACCUACGUGUUCGCAUUUAUAUACUACAAGUACUUAUUCAGACAUACGUAACGACGACGCGGAAUGUUUAUAAUUUUAUAUCAUUAUACACCAAGUCCUGAACUCUUCCAAGAAUGUCUCCCCAGUUGCUGUCCACGUUACUCCGUUCUCUGUUCAAGCAUCGUGUGAUUCGUGUUGGUGCUGCGUUGUCGUUACUGUAAUUGUCCGUCGUGUAGCUGCUAGCUACUAUACUACAGUGAAACCUCGUUAAGUGAGACCAUCAAGGGACCUUCAAAUUGGUAUCACUUAUAGAGGUAUUCCACUAACCCAGUGUCUCAGAUAACCAGGUAUAAAUAAACAUUUGUCUCAUUUACAGAGGGUUCCAUUAAUGGAGGUGAACAUACGGGGUUAUUUCAGAUAAAGAGGUGUAAUUCUUAAAUAAAACAAUGUGUUAUGUGCACAUUAUAAAUGAAUAAAAAUAAGUAAAUCAACAAACAAAACGAUGUUGUCUCAGUUACUGAGGUUUAUGCAUUAAAAUUCACUUGCUGUCUCAGUUAUAGAGGUAACUAAGAUGAUAAAUCAAAAGAACGAAUCCCAGAUAAAGAGGUUUGUUUGUCCCAGUAAUAGAGGUAAUUCAGUGCCAAUGGGUAGGGACCUCAGUAUGAGUUCCAUUUGUGGAGGUUUCUCACUUAUCCAGGUCCCACUUAACCAAGUUUCACUGUAUAUGGGUACAACGAGUGCCAAUUCAAGUAUUCUUAGAUGUAACCAACAUUUUUAAGAAGUAGCACAAAUUGUGGUGGGCUCCGAGGUCGUCUAGCUCACUAGCUGCCACGUGCGAACGCUACUAACUUUAUCGAUACACCAUUAGUUAGUAAACAGGAAUAAUAUUUAUUUAGGUAUAUUAUGUAUACCAAAGUAGAUAAGUAUGUAGGGCAGCUGAGCAGAUACUUGAUGUUAGUACCGUAUCGGAGGAUCAAAAGCUGUGAUAUAUUGUUCAUCCCACGCGACUACUACACACUAUGUGCGACAUCGCAGCGCACGCCUGUGUGCUGCAGCCCUCGUUCAUUUAUAAUCUGUGGUACUAACAAGUAGUCUCCUAAUAUUAUGGUUGUUUUAAGUUUAAGUUAGCAUUGAUGUCCGUGCAACAUUGUGUUGCCUGUUAUUUGUUAUAUGUCUUAAGUUUUCAACGUUACUCAAUUGUUUUAUAUUUUUAUUGUUUUUGUAUAUUAUUAUUUACUUGUUUUAUACUUGUACUUAGAAGUUUUUACAGAUUACAAAAAACUAUUAGGAACAUAAAUUAUGUUCAAAUGACGAUAUUACACGACGACCUUUGAUCAUUAUUUAGAUACAAUGUUCUCGAGAUAUGGGCACGAAUAAACUUCCAAAAUGGCUUCAAAGAAUGCAGUCAGUCUACUAGCAGCCAGUUCGAGUCCCUGUACUCAAACCGUGUGCUCGUCCCCCCACUGACCCCUGACACUACUUGACUGUGUCCUUCGUGAACGUAGGAUAACUUUCAAUAAAAACACAUACCUGAAGUGCUGUGUCUACUUUCUAAGAUUUGAUACUUUCAUGUCAAGGCAGCGCACGGACUGCAGGUUGGCCUGGCGCGAGUAAUGAAAAUUUAAUUAGAUUUUUAAGUACAAAAUAUUAUCAAAUUUUAGAGUAAUUAGCUCAUUUAUUGAAAUGAGGAUAUUUCAAUUAAUUCCUUUAAAGUGGCCAGUCUCCAGCUUACCCAGUACUGUACUGUGGUAGGUACUUCACUAACUCGUAGUCUGUACGUAGCCGCCCGAGUGCGGCCGCGCGUAGCGUUGUAAGACUGAGUAGUGUGUAGCGGUUACAUUGCGGUAGGUACUGUACUCAUGUCUCUCACAAUAAUCACGUGACUAAUGGAAGCCACGAUCGUCCGGCCUUCUUCCAAACUCUAUGAAAUAUUAUGGUCAGCACUCGUUGGUUUAGACUGAAUAAAAAAAAUAUGUAAACCAUUCGGAUCUCUGUCCUUUUACAUAUUCCGCGGCUGGCGAGCUUGAGACUAACCGCAGCGAUCUGAUUUCAUGUGACAGCACUGAGAUUGGUGGUGACCAAGAUUCCUUACAAGUUUGUCCGGUACCACUACCGCGCUCCAGGUAUGUGCGGCGACAUGAGGGACGAGAAAGGAGGAGCAUGAGUUCACAAUCCGAUGUUCCUUCCCCCUCCUCCCCGCGCACACCGAGUCCGCAGCAGUUGUUCCGUCAAACCCUCGAAUGUUGUCGAAUAAAUUGAUGUAAACAAUCUGUCUAGUUGUAUGUGGACACAGAAACAUUGUGGCGAAGCUACCUGCUCAAUGUCUGCUGGGACCGGCAGACUGUUGUGAAUACGCUGUGUUACCUGGCCAGGUCCCGUUCGAGUACAAUAUUCGAAAUGUUAAUAAAUGUAGUUAUGUCCA